AUGUUCUGCGGACGUCAAAGACUCAAGAACCGCUGCGAGCUUAGUUGUGGCGAGCUUGGGGGAGAGAGGAAAAGCCUGUUUUUCCUCUUCUCGCUUGAGAUCAAGGCUCCGCAGCUGAAGAUCUCUCUGCUGAGAGCGUUUGAUUCAUCGGUACCUUCCUUGACCUACUCCAAGAUGUUGGAGAGCAAGUAUCUGGCAGACCUGAAGUCCAAGAACGAGUCGGUUCGCGCCAAGGCCGCCAAGAACCUGCGGAUCCAUGUGGAGGCUGAGGCCAAGGAGAUGUCCGGCGGCACCUUCACCAAGUUCAUGGCCGACCUCAACAAGCGCAUCUACGACCUCGUGAGCAGCCCGCACCAGGAGGACAAGAUCGGCGGCAUCAUGGCCAUCGACGAGCUCAUCGAUGUUCAGUGCGACGAGAAUGAGACCAAAAUCAUCCGCUUCUCCAACUACCUCCGCAUGAUCUUCCAGCAGUGCUCCAGCGGACCUCUCGAGCACUCCAUCUUGCCCAGGGCCACACGCGCACUCGGCCACCUGGCACGAGCCGGCGGCACCAUGACGGCAGACUUCGUAGAGUUUGAGCUGCGCAGGUCCCUCGAGUGUCUGCAGAGUGGUGGGGGGAGCGACCCCAGGUCGGAGUACCACCGCUAUGCCGCCGUGCUGAUCCUCAAGGAGCUGGCGCUCAAUGCACCCGUGCUCUUUGGGCCGCAUGUUAACGCCUUCUUCGACCACAUAUGGGUAGGUAUACGUUCACGGUGCGUUAAUGCAUUUAACAUGACAGGCAGCAAUGGCCCAUUGUUUGUGUGUCGGCUGGCUGUCAUGUAAUGCAGGUGGCUAUCCAGCACGAGCCCAAGACGGUCAUCCGUGAGGCUGGUGUGGAGGCGCUGCGGGCGGUCCUGCAGCUGCUGGCACAGCGGGACCAGAACCAGCCAGCAGUGACCAAUGGAACGACCCCCACACCGCAGGUGUCGGCAGCGGCAGCUGCAGGGCCUGGGUCGCUUGACGGCAAGGGUGGAGGGGCUGCUGUGGCUGCCACAGCAGGUCAGGCGCGGCAGCGGUCCCGCUAUCGCACACACAUCUCGAGAACCAUAUGGGAGAAGGUCAGUCAACUCAGGGGAAAUAAGGCCGAUAGAUAGAUAGCACAAUCCAUCACGCUGGCUGCAAUGAGACAGACUCCCAUUUCCCGUUGUUUAUUUCAUUCAGACCCAGCAGGGUCUCCGUUCAUCCGACGCGCUGGCUCUCCACGGCUCCCUCCUGGCCGUCGGGGAGCUGCUGACUCACGACCUCGCCCGCCCCGAGCAGGCCCCCACCCCGACCGACGCCACAUCAGAUCAGCUCGUGACGUCCCCCCGCUUCGCAGAGAUAUGUGACCUGGUCUUCAAGUUCAAGAGCAACCGACACCGGCUGGUGCAGCGCACCGUCCUGCAGCUGCUGCCGACCCUCGCCAAGUUUGACCCCGCCUCCUUCGUGGCCCUCAACUACCUCGACAAGGCCGUCGCGCACCUCCUGCAGACUAUCAGGAGUGGGGGCACCGACCGGGAGCUGGCUUUUGAGGCGCUGGGUGACCUGAUCCUUGCCGUCAAGGAGGCCAUUCUGCCGUAUGUGGAUCGGAUAUUGACUGUGGUCCAUGACGCUUUAUCGCAUCGGUUGGGGGGCGGGGGGAUGGCGGCGUCGCUGGGGCUGUCGAUGGGAGGGGGGUCGAGGCGGCGGCAGGAGGCACAGACGCAGGAGGCCCUCAUCUGCAUAUCUAAGCUGGCCAAGGCCGUGGGCCCUCAGCUGGCGCCGCAGAUCGAGCAGCUCGUCGACAAAAUGUUUGUCGGUAGGGAACACGAAGCAACGCUACGCUGCCAUCGUCUCAUCUGGACGUCUGCCAUGCCGUCGAUCCUUCACGUUUCCUCUUGUUGUAUGUCGUGUCAUGUCAUUUAUGUGUGCCACACAGGUGGUCUGUCCCCCACCUUGCUGGAGGCCCUGAACCAGCUGUGCAAGACCAUCCCCUCCCUCCUGCCCGUCAUGCAGAACCGACUCCUGCACUCCAUCUCCCUCGUACUCGCCGACGAGUCCGUCACCAACCUCGACAGCGGCGACACCGCCACCCACCCAUCGCAGGCCACGAGUGCACCCUCAGGUGCGUCCGCAGCAGCAGAGGGCGGCGCUGCUGGGGCUGGGUCAGGGGCUGGCGGAGCGCCAUACAGGAGCGAGGAACACGCGCGGCUGGUGGUGCUGGCACUGCACGCCUUGGGUGAGGAGUGGGGAGGGGAACAGGUGUCUGUCAUUGUUGGUGUGUGUCCUGGCCUGGGGUGGGGUGUGUGUGUUGUCUGUCAGGUCAGUUUGGCACGCUGACGUACAACUUGCAGACCAACUCGUUUGUGUGUGAGUGCGUUCUGCGGUACCUCGACCACCCCAUGCCAGCCGUCCGCAAGGAGGCAGCACUCACCGCCAUACAGCUGCUGCUUCCCAAACCGUUCAGCGUCCCAACUGUCGUCAUCCAGCCCACAGCAGACGCCGCCACGCAGCCCUCAUCCACCCAAGACGGCACACAAACCAGUGCGGCUGGUGCUGGCGGUGGUGGCACACGGGCAUCUGGUGCAUCCGGGCGGCCCACCCAGGCCCCGAAUGAGGGCAGCACAAUACUGGCUGGGGGGUUCCUGCAACACGUCGUCCUCUGCAGGUGGGCCCACACACACAUGUUAUACGGAGAGAACGCACCUUUCCUUUCCUUUGUGUGUGUUCUGUCAGGCCGCAUCAGUUGCUGGCGAUAUCUCGGGUGAUUCGUCGGCUGCUGACGUUCGCCGUGGCAGACCCUGAGGCGUCAAUCCGCCAUGCGGUGCUGGAGGGCUUUGACUUCAGGUUCGACCCCUUCCUGUGCGAACCAUCAUGCCUCGCCGCGCUCAACCAGAGCCUCCAUGACGAGUCACUCCAGGUGGGUGGAUACACACUCAUGGCACACGUGUGUGGCUAUGCCUGACAGGCUGACUCAAAUGGUAUAUGAAUGUGUGUGUCCCCUGUGCACCAGGUGCGCAAGACGGCGGUGCGUCUGAUGGGCCGUUUGUGUCUGCACAACCCGGCGUAUGUGCUGCCGGCCCUGCGCAAGAUCCUAAUACAGCUGCUCACGGACCUCGAAUUCGCGCCUGACGCGCGGCACAGAGACGAAGCCGCAGAGCUGCUCGGUCAGUGAAACUGUCUGCCUGCAGCGGACACACACACACAUGCGUCCGUGUCGAUGGUCUGUUUGCAGGCGAUUUGAUUCUGGAGGCGCAGCAGCUGAUGGAGCCCUACGCCACGUCGGUGAUCCGGCACCUGAUCACGAAGCUCAAGGAGACCCAGUCCACCCAGAUCGACCCCGCCAGCCCCCCUGGCCACCCCAUACCCCCCUCCCUCACACCCUCUCCCUCCCCGCCCUCUCUCUCUUCAUCUCCGCCCGUCCCCUCGCCCGCCCCCAGCAGUAGCACACUCAUUCACCAACGCGCAGCGUUCGGCUACGUGUCGUCACACGCGAGGUCCGUGAGCAUGGGGCUGCCCCAGCCACCCCCGCCAACGCCCAGCUUCUACACGCACCUGUUCACGGCCGUGGGGUAUUUGUCUGAGGUGGGGGGCACUGAGAUCCGUCAUCUCAUGGACGACCUGCUGCCGAUCCUGGUGGAGGCGCUGCAGGACACGGGCACGACGGCGCCGAGCGGCAUCAAGCGAGAGGUGGCCUUCAGGACACUCUCACAGAUCGUCAGAAACACUGGGUGAGUCAGUGAGUGGCUUUCGUUCUUUCGGCACCCCUCAAUCAUUCCUCGUUGGUUGCGUGUUGCAGUGCGGUGUUGGAGCCUUACCUCAAGUACCCCUCCCUGCUGUCUUACAUGAUCGGUCUCCUCCGCUCCGACAGCACGUCAGACGUCCACUGGCCAUGGCACUGGCCGCUGCGCAAACAAAUCAUCCGGGCCAUCGGCACCCUGGGCGCACUCGACCCCUACCGCUUCCACCAGCUCGAGCGACUCCCACGCACACAACCGCAGCAGACAAAGACCCGCGGUCUGGAAGCCCCCCCUCUCGGGGCAAACGAGGCGGAUCACCGGAACCUGCAGUGGGAGAACGUCAAGCUCGCCGGCGAGCGGCACAUGAAGCGCCAGCAGGAGGGGGACUUCGAGGUGGUGACCGGGCUAGGCGUGGCGGCGAGUAGGCACGGCAUGCCGGUGCUCGGGGGAGGCGGUGGGCGGGCUGCGGGGGGAGAGGACGACAAGGGUGUGGAUCUGUUCUCGUCGACGGCCAUCCGUGCGCUGCUGCGGAUGAUGGCCGAGAACAAGAGCAAGGGCAGGGGCAGCGCGAGUCAGCCUGCGUCUGGGCUGCCGGGGUACACCUACUGGGGCGGGGUGGCCUAUGGGCAGACGGCGAUGGUUGGCGGUGCGGCGGGUGGCGGGGGAGGUGUGCUGUCGAGCCACCAAACGUCCGUCAUGACGGCCAUGAUGUGCAUAUUCAAGAACCUGGAGCACAAGACUGUCUACUUCCUGCCACAGGUAGGUAGGUGUGUCUCCAAGCCACGAGGGGAGGCAGCACCGCACCAUACCUCUCAGUCAAUGUUUGCUGCCUUCAUUCAGGUGAUGCCGGCCUUCCUGGAUAUCUUGCACAGCAGCGAUGGCGAGUCCCAGGAGUCUUUGCUGCUCAACCUGAGUGACCUGAUCGCCAUUGUGGGCGCCCCCAUGGCCAGGUACCUCCCCGCCCUCUUCGACCUCCUCACACAGAUCUGCCAGGGACACCUCAAGGCCCACCAGCAGCAGGUCAUCAUCACUGGAGGAGGGGGCGGCGCACAGCUGGCUCCGGCAAACAUCGCUGCGGCACAGUAAGGCCAGGACAGACACACACACAGCAGGGGGGUCUGGUCUGCAGGCGUGUUGUGGCAUUGCAUUGGUAUGGUGUGGUGUGCAGGGUGGUGGGUGGAGUGCUACAGGCUGAGCAGGCGGCCGACAAGACGGAGCGGGAGCGGGGCACGACGGCGCUGCUUCGUGUGCUGGAGGAGAUCGCCACACACCUUCCCAACGAUUUCGAAACUUACAUGGGCCAGCUCAUCCCCAUUCUACUCAACUUCCUCCAGGUACCCCACACGUGUGUGAAGGUAGGUACCCAAGCAUCAGUGUGUGUGUGUGUGUGUGUGUGUGGCCAGAACGACCAGUCGGAGCGUCGCGAGGUGGCCUUCGGCGUGCUGCAGGCGCUGGGUGUCUUCGGCAAAGGCGUUCAGGACUACAUCUACCUGGUGGUGCCGGCCCUGACCAAGCUGGCCGAGAACGAGGACGCCCCCCCCUCCCUCCGCAUCCACUCGAUCUACCUCCUCGGCCACCUCACACACACAUGCACUUUCCCACAGUUCUCCGCCAGGAUCGGCCACGCCCUCAUCCGCAUACUCGACGCCACAUCCCUCCCCGCCACAUCUCUUGCCACCGCCGGCAACCACAAAACAAAGGCCGCCAAGGGCAAGACCGCCACGACGAUUACCAUCCCCCUACAGCCGCCCUCGAUCGCCAUGUCGGCUGCUGAUGCGGAUGCGACUCCCACGCCGUCUCUGUCUGCGGUGGGCUCGUUGACGGGGCCUUCUGAGAUGGGCACCACGCCCACGUUGCCGUCUGGCGGGGUGGUGGGAGGCGGCCGGGGCUGGGACGUCGGGGUGGGGUCGGAGGGGGAGGUGCACGAGAUGAAGAUGGCGGCGCUGCAGACACUGGCCAUGCUCUACAGGGCGUUCGGGGCGGACUUCGCGCCGUUUGUGCCACUCGUCAAGUAAGGGGUGGGCAGAUGGAUGUCUUCUGAGUGUCUGAUUAUCUAUCUCUGUGGGCGUCUGUGUGUGUGAACAGGAUGGUGACGCACCGUCACCGGCUCCCGGUGUUUGCCAUCUUCGACCCCUUCUCGCCCAACGCUCUGCCCACCCCGCCCCCCACCAACCCCUUCGCCACACGGCGAGGCGUGGCAACUCAGUCGCCAGCCAUGCCGCCACACCCAGACCUGCAAAGCAACGCAUCCGCCAGCCUCGGACCAAGCGACCCGUUCGGCGCUGCCUCUGCAGACAACAAGGAUGCAUCGUCCGCACCCCAACCACAGCCAACGAGCCAAUCGGUUGGCCACGCGUCGCAGCAAGGCGGUGGGGCGGCACUGAUGGGUGGAGCUGGCGGGGGUCAGCAGAGGGGUCGUGGGAUGGACGUGGGAGUGGGUCCGCUGCAGGUGCAUCAGCAGAGCCUUAAGCAGGCCUGGGAGACCAACAACCGCUCGACGCGGGAGGAGUGGGCCGAGUGGAUGCGGCGAUUCUCUCUGGAGCUGCUGCGCGAGUCGCCCUCCCCCGCACUGCGCACCUGCUGGAGCCUCUCGCAGGUCUACCAGCCGCUGUCCAAGGAGCUCUUCCCUGUGGCCUUUCUCAGCUGCUGGCUGCACCUAUACGACACCAUGCAGGACGCACUCGCCAAGGCCCUCGAGCAGGCGCUGCAGUCCCCCAACCUCCCUCCCGACGUGCUGCAGACCAUCCUCAACCUAGCUGAGUUCAUGGAGCACCAGGGCAGCCCUCUGCCGCUCGACUAUGCGCUCUUGGGUGGGCUGGCUGAGAAGAGCCACGCCUACGCCAAGGCGCUGCACUACAAGGAGAGGGAAGCCAAGACGGCGCGUGAGGCGUGUGUGGAGGCGCUGAUAUCGCUCAACAACCAGCUGGGCCAGCGGGAGGCCGCCACGGGGGUGCUCGUGUAUGCGCAGAAGCAUCUCAACGUGACGCUCAAGGAGAGCUGGUACGAGAAGCUGCACAGGUGGGAGGACGCCCUCGAGGCCUAUGAGAUACGGCAGCUGGACGACCGCACCAACCUUGAAUGGACACGGUCGAGAAUGAGGUACGAAAUCGCCCACUCCCCCGCCCAUACAUACCCCCACCACCCCCACUGUUUGUAUGUGUUGUAGGUGUCUUCAUGCGCUGGGCGAGUGGGACAGGCUGAGCGAGUUGUCCCGGAAGGUUUGGGACAGCAACCACCCGGGGCUGCGGGACCCGCUGAGGCGCCACGAGGUGGCAUACCUCGCUGCGGCGGCCGAAUUCAACCUCAGGAAAUGGGACAAAAUGAACGACUGGGUCGCUGCGCUCGAGGUGGGUGGGUGGGUACCGUUGACACCCGCACUGGCACACACACACAUAUAUAUGGGGAUUGCUGCGCACCACAUGUGUGUGCCCGUGUGUGUGUGUGUGUGUGUGUGUGCAGGCCACCCCGUCUCACACGUAUGAGGGUUGUUUCUACAGCGCGUUGCUGGCCAUCCACCAGGAGGACUACCGGCUCGCCACCCGACUCAUCACCAAGUCCAGGGAGAUACUCGACCCCGAGCUCACUGCUCUCGUCGGAGAGAGCUACGAACGGUCCGAAUGAGCACACCUAACCCACACGCCCAUCGAUCCAUCGGCAUCAGUGUCGUGUGUGGUGUCUUAUGCAGGGCGUACGGCGCGUUGGUGAAGGUGCAGCAGCUGACCGAGCUGGAGGAGAUCAUCGCCUACAAGCAGACGGCAAGCGAGUCGCGGCGUCAGAUGAUGCGCAAGAUGUGGGCAACGCGGCUGCAGGGCUGCCAGCCAAAGGUGGAGGUCUGGCAGGCCAUCCUGCAGGUCCGCUCCAUGGUGCUGCCCCCCACCGAGGACAUACCCAUCUGGCUGCGCUUCUGCUCGCUGUGCCGGAAGCAAGAGCAGCUCUCUCUCAGCAUCAACAUUGUCAAGGAGCUGCUCACGGCGUCAGACACACAGCCGCCCAUGACCGACAGCAGGGUGGUGGUGGCUCACCUGAAGAACCUCUAUGCAGGCGGCCACAAGGAGACCGCCCAAAGCCAGCUGCGCGACUUCUGCACCUCCUGCAACUGGUACCUCUUCGACCAGCCUCUCGUCCCGCCCCUCCCCACCGACACAGCUUCACUGCACCCCACAAGCGACGCCGCCAUCUCUGAUCAGCAGCAACAACAACACCACCCCCCAGGCGACUUCCUGCUCCCACUGGGUCUGACCUCGCUCACCAAUGUGACAUCUGCGAGCGCGCUGAGCGGCUGGGAGGACACACACUCACACCCCCACGUGGCUGAGAGGGUGGGUGUGGGUGUGGAAGGCGAUGGUGCUGCUAGUGGUGGUGGCGGUGGCGGUGGUGUGGGUCAGAUGCGCGGCAAGGGGAUGCGUCGGGUCAACAAGCAUUUGUGUCACCUGCUGUCCAAGUGCCACCUCAAGUUGGGGCUUUGGACCAAGGAGGUGCUGGAGGAGAAGAGGGGCGCUGACUGGAUCAACGACCAGACGCUGCAAGAGGUGGGUGAGGAGCGAAAGGAAUAGUCCCUCACAGGGAGGCGCUAGGCUAGGGGGUCUGUGCAUUUGUGUGUCCGUUCGUUCGUUCAGGUGCUGUUAUAUUUCCGAGCGUCAGUGCGGCUGAGCCCCACCUACUACAAGGCCUGGAAUGCAUGGGCCAACACCAACUUCCACGUACGAACGACUAUCGACAUAAGGACAUCCGUGCGUCCUGUCUGUCAUUGAUGGUCGAUCCAUCAGGUGGUCCAGCUGUUCGAUCUCUACAAGUCGCAGCACCCCGCACACGUCCACCCACACGCCUGCCCGCCGCCGCCCAUGGUGCGAUCUGCCUCCCCCAGCCAGCACCAGCACCAGCACCACCCCUCCCUGCCCGUCUCGCCCGCACACCCACACCACCCCUCUCCCUAUAUCCACCCCAUCUCACACCACCCACUGCUGCCGCACCACGGUGGACACGCCUCAGACCGCGCCAUGCCCGACAUCCACACACAGCCGCCGUCGCUCUUCGCUGAGGCCAAGGACGGCGGGGAGGGCGACGUGGAGGGCUUCUUGUCUGCGGCUUCGUCGGUGGCGGACCGUGAGCGUGUUGGGCGUGGCGGGAUGGAUCUGCAUCUGCAGUAUGUGGUGGAGGCGGUCCGGGGGUUCGUCAAGAGCAUCGCAUUGGGCACGCGCAAGGCCCGGGGGAAGCUCAACUGCAAGGCCAACCUGCAGGACGUUCUCAGGCUGCUCACACUGUGGUUCAGGGUAAGCCAAAAGAGUGCCUCUGCGCGGGAGUGUGUCUGAUCCAAUCCAUGGUCUCUGUGUGUGCUGUGCUGCUGUGAUGUGAUUUGUCAGCAUGCGGGCCAUUCUGCUCUUGAAUCGGCGCUGCAGGAGGGUUUCCAGACCACACCUCUGGAAACAUGGCUCGAGGUCAUCCCACAGAUACUCGCCAGGUGCGGGGAGAGUCACGGGAAACACAACAACAGCGGCUGUGAGAUGAACGCAGGUAUGUUUGUACGAUGGAUGCACAGGCUGCGAUCGUCCAACAAGGCUCUGCAGAAGACCAUUCACGCGCUGCUCAAGCGCAUCGGCAAGGAGUACCCCCAGGCACUGGUCUUCCCCCUCACCGUCGCAUCCAAGUCAGCCAUAUCAGAGCUCUCCAAGUCGGCAAGACAGCUGCUCCAGGAGAUCGAACAACACUUCCCAGUAAGUGCGCCAGACCAUCCAUCCAUCCACCACCCUCCGGUGCACCCCUCCUCUAUGCUAUGUGUGGCUUUGUGUGCAGGUGUUGGUUCAGCAGUCGUUGAUGGUGAGCGAGGAGCUGAUCCGCGUGUCAAUCCUGUGGCACGAGCAGUGGUACGAGGCGCUGGAGGAGGCCUCCCGCCUCUACUACAGCGAGCGGGACAUCGACGGCAUGGUCCAGGUCCUCCUGCCGCUCCACAACAUGCUCCGGAGGGGCCCUCAGACACUCAGGGAGACGGCCUUCAUUCAGGUAGGCACAUGCAUGCAUACACUGCAGCCACACCCACUCGCUGCACCCCCGACACGAUGCGCGAUGCCUUCCUUCUUCAGGCCUUCGGCCGCGAUUUGGAGGAGACCGAGAGCUGGAUCAAGAGGUGGAAGCGUCACGUGCCGGCAAAUGACGCCAAAGACACCCCCCCGCCCCAGAAGAACGGCCAGCAGGGCGGCACCACCAAGGGCAGUGCAAUCGGCAAAGCGGCCUCGGGGCAAGGUGGUGGUGGUGGUGGUGGUCAGGGCCAGCAGCAGCAGCAGCAGGGCAAGGAGAGGGAGAGGGCACCGUCGGGUGGCACCAACAAGGCCGGUGGUGUGUCGAGCCAGCAGCCGCAGAGGGCCGACAUCGAUCAGGCAUGGCAGAUCUACUACCGGGUCUUCCAGAAGAUUCACAGACAGGUCGGCCGGGUCACACACAGACAGACAGACAGCCCCCCACCCAUCACUCCCUCCCAAUGUGUGCCGACAGAUUCAGUCGCUGACCCACUUAGAUCUGCAGUAUGUGUCGCCGAAUCUGCUGUCGGCCAAGGACCUGCAGCUGGCGGUGCCGGGCACCUACAAGCCCGACGAGCCGCCCGUGCGGAUCUUGGCCUUCACGCCGUCCAUCCAGGUGGUCAACUCCAAGCAGAAGCCGCGCAUACUGCAGAUGGAGGGAUCCGACGGACUCAAGUACAAGUUCCUCCUCAAGGGCCAUGAAGACCUCAAACAGGACGAGCGCGUCAUGCAGGUACGUGCCCAUAACCCACAGACGCACCCCCCACUCCCUCAACGAGUCAGUCCAUCGCUAUGCGUGUAUGGGCGUGUGUGUGUGUGUGUGUGCAGGUGUUUGGCCUGAUCAACGACCUCCUGCUGAGCCACUCGGAGGCCUCCCAGCGUGACCUGGCCAUCGCGCGUUAUGCGGUGGUGCCGUUGUCGACGAACAGCGGUUUGAUAGAGUGGGUGCCGCACUGCGACACGCUGCACUCGCUGAUCAAGAUGUACCGUGACGCCAACAACAUCACCCUCAGCCUCGAGCACAACCUCAUGAAGUCCAUGUACGCCAAAUGCGACGACCUCUGCCUACUGCAAAAGGUGGGUGGGUGACCAACCGGCCACAAGACAAUAGCCGCAGCAACCAGCCCCGGAAGUAGCCACAGUAGCCCGUCUGCCUCCGUGUGUGUGUGUGUGUGUGUCGAUAGGUUGAGGUGUUUCAGUACGCCCUGGACUGCACGAGCGGCGAGGAUUUGGAGAAGAUGCUGUGGCUGCAGUCGUCGAGCAGCGAGGUGUGGCUGGCCAGGCGGACUGUCUACUGCCGCUCCCUGGCCGUCAUGUCAAUGGUCGGAUACAUACUCGGACUCGGCGACAGACACCCAUCCAACCUCAUGCUCACCAGGCAAGAGGAUUGCGGCCGGCAUGGCGGCGAGGGGGUGUGUAUGUGUGUGUGUGUGUGUGUGUGAUGGUGAUGCAUUCCUGCAGGUCUUCGGGGCGUGUGGUGCACAUAGACUUCGGCGACUGCUUUGAGGUGGCGGCGCUGCGCGAGCGGUUCCCCGAGAAGAUCCCCUUCAGGCUCACACGGAUGCUCCUCAACGCCCUCGAGAUCUCAGGCGUCGAAGGCAACUUCAGGCACACGUGUGAGCUGGUCAUGGGCGUGUUGCGGAGCAGCAAGGACACCCUCAUGGCCAUGCUGGAGGCCUUCGUGGACGACCCCCUGAUCACGUGGCGCCUCCUGCCGGCAGCCAAGCUGCAGCUGCAGCCGCACCAGACCACCACCACCGCAAACACCACACCCCAACAGCCCCCUCUCACCCAACAGCAACAGCCCCCCACCACAGCAGACCCCCUUCCAUCCACACCGCCGUCAUCAGACCAGCCCCCAUCGGGCGCCCCUCUGACCGGCACCGACCCAAUGGGCGUCCGGUCGGGGGCCUUCCCGAAGCUGCCCACCCACCCUGAGGACAGGGAAGGCGAGCAGGCCGCCAUGCGAGAGGAGGGAGGAGACGACGGAGGGGGCGGGGGAGGGGGUGGGGGUGAGGGGGCCGUCGGGCAGAAUGGGCGGCAGAGAUCAGCGGCUGUUGUUGAGCAGCAUCCGAGGGAGCCUGUGACCACCCGAACUACAGCUGCUGGGCUGCCCCCUGGGGGCGACCUGAGGCACGGUGGGUUCCCCCAGGGCCGCGUGUCGAUGGCUGGGGACAUGGAGAAGGACCCCCACAUGGUGUCGACGCACAUCAAGCAGAGCCGGCAGCGGGAGCUCAAGCAGUACCUGGGGCCGGAGGGCAUGCGCGCCAACCCCGAGAUGCUCUCCACCUAUGCAAGGUCCGUCAUACGCAGAGUCGACAGCAAACUCAGCGGCACCGACUUCGGGUACGGACGGAUGGACUGACUCACUCCUACACACGGGGAGGAUGGGCGACCAUAUGGUUGUGAUGUGUUCGUGUGUUUGUGGGUGUGUGUGCAGGUCUGAGCAUGACAUCCCUGGUCAGGUAGAGCGUUUGAUCCAGGAGGCCACGUCACACGAGAACCUAUGCCAGUGCUACCUGGGGUGGUGCCCCUUCUGGUAGCUCAUCUAGAUGGAUAGAUAGACCACUGCCAAGAGCCGCGUGUUGCGGGGGUGAGCUUGUUGUGUGUGUGUGUGUGUGUGUGUUUGUACAGUAUGAGUGCCGUGCCGUGCCGUGCCGUGCGGUGCCGUGAUAUUCAUUCCGUAGGCUUUUUUCGUCCACCCACAUUGCAUACAAGUCGUGAGGGCGAUGCGAUGCGAUGUGGUUUUGCAUCUCCUACGUAUGUAUGUCUUGUGUACACACACCCUCACCCACCUCACUCUGUUCGUGGUGUAGACAAAUGGGCGAUGGAGGCGAUGGAUGGAUGUGGCCUCCCUCUUGCCUUGAGACGUCUCUGUCUGUGUGUGUAGAGUAGAGUACAAGCGUAUACAUUUGUCUGUCCUCCUGAUCCCAUCCAUCCCCACCCACCCACCACUCAAACCAAACACGACUGACUCAUUCAUACACGCCCGCAGAGUAAACA